AUGUCUUCGACGGAGGGCUCGAGUCGCGCGGCCGACAAGUCGCCGCGCCAGCAGGUGGACCGCCUGCUGGUGGGGUUGCGCUGGCGGCGGCUGGAGGAGCCAUUGGGCUUCAUCAAAGUUCUCCAGUGGCUCUUUGCUAUUUUCGCCUUCGGGUCCUGCGGCUCCUACAGCGGGGAGACAGGAGCAACAGUUCGCUGCAACAACGAAGCCAAGGAUGUGAGCUCCAUCAUUGUUUUGUUCGGCUAUCCCUUCAGGUUGAACCGGGUCCAGUAUGAGAUGCCCCUCUGUGAUGAUGACUCCACUUCCAAGACCAUGCACCUGAUGGGGGAUUUCUCUGCUCCUGCCGAGUUCUUUGUGACCCUGGGCAUCUUCUCCUUCUUCUACACCAUGGCUGCGCUAGUCCUCUACCUGCGCUUCCACAACCUCUACACAGAGAACAAGCGCUUCCCACUGGUGGACUUCUGUGUGACUGUCUCCUUCACCUUCUUCUGGCUGGUAGCUGCGGCCGCCUGGGGCAAGGGCUUGACGGACAUCAAGGGGGCCACACGGCCAUCCAGCCUGACAGCAGCCAUGUCUGUGUGCCACGGAGAGGAAGCAGUGUGCAGUGCUGGGGCCACACCCUCGAUGGGACUGGCCAACAUCUCUGUGCUCUUCGGCUUCAUCAACUUUUUCCUGUGGGCUGGGAACUGUUGGUUUGUGUUCAAGGAGACCCCAUGGCACGGGCAAGGCCAGGACCAGGGCCAGGGCCCUAGCCAGGAGAGCGCAGCGGAGCAGGGAGCAGUGGAGAAGCAGUAAGCAGCCCCUACCUGGCUACUCCGGAACAGGACAGCACCUCUUCAACCACCUCCGGCUUCCAGGACCUCCCUCUUCUUCCUUCUCCAACUCCCCUCCCCCAUCAUUCUGGGCUCUGAGCUUUGAGACGACGCUAAUGGAUGGGCAGGCAUCAGCUGUCAGAAACCCGGGCAGCCCUCCCAGUGGCUUCCUAUCCAGCCUCUGGCUGGAGCCUCGGAAGGCAGGAGCUCAGUGCUUCUUGUCUACUGCCUGAAACCCAGCAUCUUACUUGGGGUCUUAUUUGUACCCUUGCAGCCUCUGAGAAUAAGCAUCUACUGCAAGGGGCUGGAGAGCAGAGUCCUGAGACUGGUUCCUAGCAGCCACUUCUAUCAACCUGUUGGCUUCAAUAAAAGUGGGGGGAGGGGAAAUUGGCUGGCAACCUUUUUCCUGUUCCCUUGCAUGAAGGGCCCACCAGUGGUUCAGGAACUCCCCCACCCGCCCAGUGGCUGUCAUCUAAGACU